UCAACUCCCGCCCAGCCCGGCUUUCUCUCUCUUGCCACCACCUCACCGCCUCCUCUCUCCUCCCUCUCGCUCUGCAUGCCGCCUCAGCCAUCCGUGCGAACAAACAACCAGUGAUCUCACCGUUGCCCAUUCCCCUCCUCUUCCCCCCGGCCGGCCACCCACCGGAGAUGGACAGCCGGAGCCAGGCGCCCUACAAGUCCCGCUGCUUCUCGCAGGCCACCACCCGCGACGACGGCGGCAGGUCCCGGGAGGUCGACCGCAACUUCUCCCUCGGCGCCGUCCGCGACAAGAGGGACCUGCACCACGGCGGCGCCAGGGAGCAGGCCAUCAAGGAGGAGGACGAGCAAGAGGAAGGCGAUGGUGCGCCAGGAGGAAACGGCGGCGAGGGCGACCCGGAUCUUGCCGCGUUGUCGCUGGAGAUUGACGCGUUCAUCGCGGGGCACGACGGGGACGCGCCGGUGACCAUCACCGAGGCGACGCUGGAGAAGUUCGCGUCCGCCGUCGAGCUAAUGGUCGCGCGGUCGGAGGGGACCGAGGACAAGUGGGCGGCGGAGGCCAGCGGCGAGCCGUCGCCGCUGCUCGCCGCGAUCACGCGCAUCGCGGCGCUCGCGUCCGCGCUCGGCAAGAGCCCGGAGGGCGGCGGCAAGCACACCGCAGCCUUGCACCGGGUCACCGGCGUGCUCCACCGGGCCAUGGCGUUCCUCGAGGACGAGUUCCACGCGCUGCUCGGUGACGCGCGCGCCUCCAAGGCGGGGAACGAGCAGGUCGCGCACGAGUCCGACCGGUGCGUCCUCCCGCUGCCGCCGUCGGACGCCAGCGCCGCCGUCGGGAAGGAGGCCGCGCCACCUUACCCACCGGAGACAGUGGAUCGGCUCCGGGCCAUGGCCGACGCCAUGAUCGCCGCCGGGUACUCCACGGAGUGCACGCAGAUGUUCCUGGUGGCGCGGCGGAAUGCGUUCGACGCGGCGCUGCAGGGGCUCGGGUACGAGAAGUCCAACAUCGACGACGUGGUGAAGAUGACGUGGGAGGCGCUGGAGGCGGAGAUCGUUACGUGGACCAAGGCGUUCCGGCACGCCAUCAACGUCGCCCUCUCCACGGAGCACGACCUCUGCACCCGCGUCUUCUCCGGGCGCCACGCCGCCGUGGGGCGCGGCAUCUUCGCCGACCUCGCGCGCUGCGUGAUGCUGCACAUGCUCAGCUUCACGGAGGCCGUGGCCAUGACCAAGCGCGCCGCCGAGAAGCUAUUCAAGGUUCUCGACAUGUACGAGGCCGUCCGCGACGCGUCCCCGGUCAUCGAGGCCUUCCUCUCCGCCGACGAGCCCACCAGCGACCACAACAACUCCGCCCUGGCGGAGCUCAAGGCCGAGAUCGCCUCCAUGCGGGCCCGCCUGAGCGAGUUUGCGGCCGCCAUCUUCCACGAGCUGGAGGGCUCGAUCCGCGCCGACGCCGGGAAGCAGCCGGUCCCGGGCGGUGCCGUGCACCCGCUGACCCGGUACGUGAUGAACUACCUCAAGUACGCGUGCGAGUACAACAGCACGCUGGAGCAGGUGUUCCGGGAGCACCGCCGCCACGACGGCGGCGGCGACAGCGACGACAACCCGUUCUCGGCGCAGCUGAUGGACGUGAUGGAGCUGCUGCACAGCAACCUGGAGGCCAAGUCGCGGCUGUACAAGGACCCGUCGCUGAGCAACAUCUUCCUGAUGAACAACGGGCGGUACAUGCUGCAGAAGAUCCGCGGCUCGUCGGAGAUCAACGCCAUGCUCGGCGAGGCGUGGGCGCGGAAGCAGUCGACGAACCUGCGGCAGUACCACAAGAACUACCAGCGGGAGACGUGGAGCCGCGUGCUUGGCCUGCUCCGCGACGACGGCGUGCUCACUGUGAAGGGGCACGUGCAGAAGCCGGUGCUCAAGGAGCGGUUCAAGCAGUUCAACGCCGCCAUGGACGAGAUCCACCGGACGCAGGGCGCCUGGGUGGUCAGCGACGAGCAGCUGCAGUCGGAGCUGCGCGUCUCCAUAGCCGCCGUCGUCGUGCCGGCCUACCGCUCCUUCCUCGGCCGCUUCUCGCAGCACUUCAGCGCCGGCAGGCAGACGGAGAAGUACGUCAAGCUCAGCGCCGAGGACGUGGAGACGAUCAUCGACGAGCUCUUCGACGGCAACGCCACGUCCAUGGUCAGGAGGAGGACAUGACAAUAAUACGGCUAGCUUGACAGCAUCCAUGGCGCGCGCUCGUUCCAGCUAAUCAAUGCAAUUCUCUCGAUUUGAGCAAUGUAUUACUUUUUUUUGUUUGAUCUACUUUUGGUCUUGUUGGUUAAAAAUGUUAAUUUGAUCAAUAGGUGAUGUACUAAGUAAUGUACUUGUUGCAUUUCUCAGGAGUCAGGGCAGCUAGAUUAUUUCUAUCUGUAAUGUGUAUCCGAUCCAUGUAUUAUUGCCUCAUGACAUUCAAACUUGCUCUUCCAUUAGUUAA